AUGACGAAACCCUCGAUCCGUAUACCGUUGACCGGUCCGCUGCCUCCACCGAUUAUUGUACCGCCAUCUGCAAGUACACUUUCAGGAGCGAUCAAUGCCGUCUUAUCAUUUUUCACAGCUCCUCCAUCCCCGUAUCUUCGCGGAGUGGAUGUUGGCCGACAUUCGCAGGCUGUUCUCUUGACUGGUGCUGGUAUUUCGGUAGCGUCUGGACUAUCCGACUAUCGAGGAGAGAACGGCACCUACGUCACGAAUAAAUCCUACAGGCCUAUAUAUUUUCACGAAUUUCUUUCACGACAUGAGUCUCGCAAAAGGUACUGGGCUCGAAGCUUUGUUGGGUGGCCUGGGUUGUUGAAAGCUGAGCCCAACUCGACGCACCGGGCCAUCCGAGAUCUCGGCGCCAAAGGCUUUGUCAGUUCCGUUGUGACGCAGAAUGUUGACUCCUUCCACUCAAUUGCGCAUCCCGAGCUACCGACCAUUGAGCUUCAUGGCCACUUGAAGUCUGUCGUCUGUACUAGCUGUCGAAACCAAUUCUCUCGCGCCGAGUUUCAGAAGUCACUCGAGAGGCUCAACCCCGCCUGGGCGGAGUUUCUUACCCGCAUGGUCGAGGCAGGAGCUCUCGACACGAACAAUCUUGAAGAACAGAGACGGAAGGGGUUUAAGCUGAAUCCAGAUGGUGACGUGGACUUGGCUGAGGCUCCAUACUCCACGUUUAGGUACCCAUCUUGUCCUACCUGUUUGGAGAACCCUCCAAGACUGAAGGAUGGCACACAGGCCAGGGUAGAAGUGGAAAAGGAUGGGGCAUGGCUCCCUUCGUCUACAGCUGGCAUUCUGAAACCUGCGGUCGUCAUGUUUGGUGAAAAUAUUGACCCUGGAGUGAAAACAGCCGCUGAAGAGGCCAUCGAUGAUGCAGGGAGGCUACUGAUUCUAGGAAGCAGUCUUGCUACGUAUUCAGCAUGGCGAUUAGUUGAGAGAGCCCACAGGAGAGGGAUGCCUAUAGCCAUAAUCAAUCUGGGAGGCGUCAGGAAUGAGUCGGUCUUAUUUGGGCCAAGUAGCGAUGUCUCAUCCUCACAUGUCCGUUGCAGCUUUCCGUCUGAGGCGAUUCUUCCUCCUGUGGUGUCGCUGCUUCCCAACUUUAUUUACGGAUGA